UCUCUCUCUCUCUCUCUCUCUGUGUGUGUGUUGGUGGGUGUUCGAGGCUCCAUGAUGCUCUCCCUCUCUGCAGCUCUCACUUUGGCGUUAGCCUGGAUGUUUCCGGCUCACGGCCUAUACUUCCACAUCGGAGAGACGGAGAAGAAAUGUUUCAUAGAAGAAAUCCCGGAUGAGACCAUGGUGAUCGGGAAGUAUCGCACUCAGCUGUGGGACAAGCAGAGCGGAUCCUUCCUCCCGGCGACGCCCGGCCUCGGGAUGCACGUGGAGAUCAAAGAUCCAGACACCAAGAUCAUCCUGUCCCGUCAGUACGGCUCAGACGGACGCUUCACCUUCACCUCUCACACUCCGGGAGAGCAUCAGAUCUGUCUGCACUCCAACUCCACCAAGAUGGCGCUGUUUGCAGGAGGGAAACUGAGAGUUCACCUGGACAUCCAGGUGGGAGAACACACCAACAACUACCCCGAGAUCGCUGCCAAAGACAAACUUACAGAGCUGCAGCUGAGGGUGCGCCAGCUGCUGGACCAGGUGGAGCAGAUCCAGAAGGAGCAGAACUACCAGAGGUACCGUGAGGAGCGUUUCCGGAUGACGAGCGAGAGCACCAACCAGCGCGUCCUGUGGUGGUCCAUCGCUCAGACGCUCAUCCUCAUCGUCACCGGGAUCUGGCAGAUGAAACACCUCAAGAGCUUCUUUGAGGCUAAGAAACUGGUGUAACAUCUGAACUCAACAUCUGGGCGAGUUCACAGACUUUACAGGAGGCGACGUCAGGUCUGAAUAUCAGCCAUACGAGGAGCACGAGGAGGCGGGCUGGGCGACCUCUUCUACCUGUACAUGUUUUAGCUUUAGCUGUUUUCUGUUAGCAACACCAGCUGCCUCUCUUUGUGUUUCCUGUUUUUAUCCAGAGACACAUCUCUGCCCUGAGAAGGUUUGUUACCUUAACAGGAUUUUAAACUUCGAUAUGACACUAACAAAACUCUAUGGAGCUCCUGAGGGCUCAGGUAAAAAAAAAAAAAAGAAGAGACGUUUGCAAAUCUGUGCACACGGAUUCAAAAUCUGUGGUUUAAACAUCUGUACGCACAUAUAAAAAAUCUGUACGCGCGGAUUGAACAUCUGUACGCACGGAUUAAACAUCUGUACGCACGGAUUAAACAUCUGCACGCUCGGAUUAAACAUCUGUACGCACGGAUUAAACAUCUGCACGCUCGGAUUAAACAUUUGUAGUUUAAACAUCUGUACGCAGUUUAAACAUCUGUACGCACGGAUUAAACAUCUGCACGCUCGGAUUGAACAUCUGUACGCACGGAUUAAACAUUUGUAGUUUAAACAUCUGUACGCAGUUUAAACAUCUGUACGCACGGAUUAAACAUCUGUACGCACGGAUUGAACAUUUGUAGUUUAAACAUCUGUACGCAGUUUAAACAUCUGUACGCACGGAUUAAACAUCUGCACGCUCGGAUUGAACAUCUGUACACACGGAUUAAACAUAUGUAGUUUAAACAUCUGUACACACGGAUUAAACAUUUGCAGUUUAAACAUCUGUACGCAGUUUAAACAUCUGUACGCAGUUUAAACAUCUGUACGCACGGAUUAAACAUAUGUAGAUUAAACAUCUGUACGCACGGAGUAAACAUCUGUACGCUCGGAUUAAACAUCUGUACACACAUAUUAAACAUCUGUACGCACGGAUUAAACAUCUGCAGGCACGGAUUAAACAUCUGUAUGCACAGAUUAAACAUCUGCACGCAGGGAAUAAACAUCUGUACGCUUUGCGUGAGCGUGGUUUUGCAAACGGCUCUUCUUAUCGCCCUCACCUGAGCCUUUGGGGGGUUCUCAGUAAAAAACAAAAUGAUAUGAUACCUACUCACUGCUAUUUGGGUCAUUUCAUGUUUUUAAUGAACAAAAGUUGCAGGCUCACUCCUGCUCAGCGUCUGCACUCAAACACGUCUGUGCAGGAUGGUUGUCACUUUGGACGGCGUGCAGGAGUGCGUCUACAGCUUUGAAGGGUUCCUCCUGUGUGAUGAGCACCAUGUCGUUUUAUAAAAGCUUCAGUCAGUUUUGAUACUAUCGCUCAUUAAAAAGAUGGAGGUCGUAUCGGAGUAUUAAGGAUUUAAUGAAGUUUAGAGCUUCAGAUGGUUUUAAUGAAGAUCAGUCAUGAGAAAGUGAGAUCUGAUCUGUGACUUCAUGUUUAUAAAAGCUCUCCUCAUACGAACAGCAGCUUCCGCACCGCUAAACUUUGACCCUUUGUUUAGCUGUAAACAGUUUAAAGCCCUCAGUUCAUUUCUCCUGACAGCUUGUUGCGGGGCGGCGUGCAGCAGGUUCUUAAAUCUUUUAUGGAUCAGUGAAUAUUUUUAUCUCCUCGACUUCAGGCCUCGUCUGAAGCUUUGUUGUGUAUUUGGACUGCAGAUGAAGAACUACAUCAUAUUGAACAUUAACCAGCUGACAGAGUUCACAGGACGGUUAGAAACAUUUAUUCUUACGGACCAAUCACACAGAGGCGCGUUGAGCUCAUCUGGGCCUGUGGGGCGGGGCUGCGUGUGCAAACGGGCGCCAUUCGAGAAAACGUAGAGAUCUCGCCGUUACUUUGCUCCAAGACGAGAAGGGUAAAAAGCCUCCUGGCUGCUUCGGUAAAAUGCAACACUGACGAGCGCUACUCAGCUGAAAAGUUUUUCAACUUUUAUGCACGCCAUAAAAACGGCUGGAAAAACAAGUGUCACAGCAGCCGAGAAGAGCGCCCGGUAAUCGUGCUGACCAGACGACCACUGUGGUUCUCCUGGUGAUGAUUAUCCAGCGACGCGUCUCUGUGUGAUCGAGCCACGAGUUUGACUAAGUAAAGGUCAUUAGAGGUCAUUUAAGGUCAUUUAGCUACGGAAGGUCAAAGAGGACAUUCAGCCGUACAUUUUGAUUGGCUCACUUUUCUUGUUAUCUCAACACGUUAUUUUGGGAUUCAUAUCAGUCGUUUUUUCUGAAGAUCUCACGCCAUUCACUCGUUAACACGUGAAAAGAAUCUUCCCUCCUUCGAGAUAACGGCGUUCAUAAGUCAAGAUCUCGACACUACAGUCGGGACAUAUUUGUCUGAAUGUCCUUUCAGGGCUUCCGUAGUUAUCAGUUUUCUUCCUGUGCGGCAACCUUCAUCAGAGACGGAGCGUGCUCAGUGGGGCUGAAGGUCACAGGACGACAUGUUUGUAAAUAAAGAAACGCUCUCAGUCACUUCCUGUUCAGUCAUUUAUUUAUUGUUCUAGUUGCAGUUUUCAGUUAUUCUAAUGUUCUUUAUCUCGUCUUUUAACCACGGCGUGCUGAAUGUUAAUAGUUAGCAGACUGUUUGUUGUAAAUAAAACGUGCAGCUGUUGAUUUUCUAAAACCUUUUACACUGAAUGAAGCGUGUCCGUGUUUCAGUCAUCUCAACGUAUUUAUUCUGCCGCCGCCAUGGUUCACACGGGGUCGUUGUUGUUGGACGGCGAGUCUUUGACAUGUCUCUCUGGCCGUUUGUCACAUCGUCCCUCGUUAACCAUCAGGGCGUAACCUCCACGAGCUCAAUAAAGAAACUUCAAACUGUC